AUGUCACAAACAACGUUAAAAGAGUAUAAGCUUACCCCUCCAAAGAAUUUGGCACAAUUACACAAGACAAACAUUGAUUUAGGCUAUCCCGAUUUCUAUCCUCCAAAACAUGGCCAAGAAGAGGAAUUGAUGACAGAGUACAAUGUAAAGCAUGGAUUUGCCGACAAGCCUAUUGUGUCAAAUGAAUAUGUCUCAGCACAUGACAUCCUUUUGGAGAAAAUUAAAGAUCCGGAACGCCUUCAAAACCUGAGUGAAUUUAUGAUUGACAUCAUGAAAAGAAAGCAAGAGAUAGAGAUAAAUGCUUUACAGGGUUCUUCAUCAUACACCGUUCCACAGACAGUUUGGGUGACUCCUGAUGACAGAGAUAAGUGGCUAAAACAACUGGCUGGUAAUGUGCCCCUAAGAGAGUUGGUGAAAAAAGUGCCAAAAGGUGUAGAUGGUACUAAUUUAUUGGAACUCGUCACUCAAUAUCGAGUGCCGUUGGCAAGAGCUACAUGGUUUACUAAGAUAGUGGGAAUUAAUUUAACACACAGUGAUAUGCAUCGUAAUUCAAAUGCCUCAACUGGGCAUACAAAGAAUUGGACUCAGGCAUUCUGUACUUUUAUACAACAACAAAGUAAAGAAUAUGAUCCCGAAAAAUGGCGAUAUAGCAUAUCACUUGCUAAAUGGCAAUUUGACGAGGGAUUGUUCGAUCAAAGGCUUCUACGGGAAAUGCUUGAUAACCUUGAUCAGGCCGAUCCUUUACAUACAGCCAUAUGGUUAUUUUUGGUUCAACAAUUCUUGACCGAGUUCCAACGUUCUCGAACUCUUAUGAGACUGUUGAUAGAAAUAAUAUUGAAGAAAUUACAAGAUAUACAUCACCAGACAUUAGUUUCAAAACUUGAGAUUGUUGUGAAAAUGUUGAAAAAUAUGUUACACGCACUUUUCCUUGCCACACCCGAUAU